AUGACAAGUUUCAACCAUGAUUCUCUUUCACCAGAAUUUGUUCUCAUUCCUUCGAAGCUUCAAGCCAUUCUAUCAAUAAUAGAAGUAACAGAAGACAAAAACCUAGUACCAACACAAACGUUGUUACCUAAGAAAAAGAACAACAUGAACAAGGUUGUUAAGAAGAAAAAGGAAAGUAAGAGUGUAUCGGAACUUGAACUUGAGGAACUAAGAGGGUUCAUGGAUUUGGGUUUUGUUUUCUCAGAGGAAGAUAAAAAUUCAAACUUGGUUUCGAUUAUUCCUGGGUUACGAAGACUUGGGAAGAAAGAUGAGGAACAUGAAGAAGAUGUUUGUGAUGAGUCUAUGAUUCAAAGACCUUAUCUUUAUGAAGCUUGGGAGGUUCAUGAGAGAGAAAAAGAAAACUCUCUGAUGAAUUGGAAUGUUCCUGCUAUGAAGAAUGAAGUUGAUAUGAAAAAUAGUCUCAGAUUGUGGGCACACAAAGUUGCUUCUAUUGUUAGAUUAGAAUUGAGAUGA